AUGGAUCUCAGCACCGCAGCAACUGAUGCCGGGGAGAACCGACUGCGGAAAAUAUCGAGUCAGAAGGAACUCGAGCUGAAAAGUAGCAAGCAAUCGGAACUUGCAUUGCUUCCAGAGCUUGCCUGGGCAUUCGAAAGCAUGGUACUGAUGAAUAUUGCCUGGCAGACAGGCCGGCGAGUUCACGAAGACAUUGGCGCAAACCACAAGAGCUCUUUUCUGAGCACGGUGGCAGGCACGCAGGUCUUCGUUUCGACCAGCUUUGUAUUAGUCAACGCAGCUGAGCUCACAUCAGGGCGCAUCUGGAGUCCCACUGCCUCAUUUCGACGUCCUUCCAGUGGGUGCGUUGGUGCCACAGGGCACGUUCCCUUUAAUCGUACGGACCCUUUCCAAUACUUGACGCCGGUGCUGCGGUUGCCUCUAGCAGCAAGAUCGUGGGACAACACUUACUUUCACCUUGAGAUCACGAAAGACGACAUGUCUCAGAUCCAGCACAUCACUGCAAGUGAUAUGGAUGCAAAAAAGGCAGCGAAGAAUGACUGCUAUGUGAAGCAGCAUGAGGCUGAAAAGGCUGCCUCCACCAAUGUCAGGUCAGAUGCGCAUUCUGUGCGCAGCGCCGAGAUGCUGACCAUUCACCGCUGUUGCUUUGACAGCUGUGGCACCUCCACCCACCAUUCCGAUCUGUUUGCAAGCUUACGGCUUCGGAUCUUCGUGGCCAAACUGCAGAAUGGCCAGAAAUGCAACACUGUAGGCCGUGCAAGUACGCAGAAAGAGCCCUUUGCAGAGGAGGAUGAAGUCAGGCGGCGGAGGGAGGUGGAAGCAGAACUCAAGCAAGAGUUCAGCUUGUGCGAGGCCAGAGGAGGCGACAGCAGUUUUACGCGAGUUGAGAUCGAGGCAUUCCACCGCACCUGCGAGGUUGCAAGGAGGCACAUUCUAAAGGCAUUUCCGGCAGAAGCUCUAGUUGACUUCCAGGGACGGAAGUCAUUCACAUCAGCGGGACCUAGCGAGUCUUUUGACCUUGUUGCCCUUUUUGGCCUUGUUGGCCUCAUGCCGGACAUGUUGCCAAAUACAAUGAACUUUCCGGCACUACGGGGUGGCGCUGCACAGCGUCGCUGGCAGAUGUCGUUAGUUACCAUGACCUGCAGCAGUUGGAACGUGAAUCGUGUGUUUGGGGUGGAAGCUGUCCCGAUGCUGGGUGUGCGAUGUGAAGCAAAGGCGACGUGUCAAGCGCUUCGCUUUGAUAUCCGCAAGUGGGGGCUCUGCCUCACUGGACAGCAGGGAGGCAACGAUUCUGGUAAAGCUUUGAGCAGCAAGUUCGGAUGCAAGACACUGCAGGCAACAGAAAGGAAUCCACAGCGUGAGCGGCGUUCGCAAGAUUUCGCAAGCGGGUGUCGACCAGAGAUUGCUUUUGCAAGCAGAUGGGCUCUCGACGUCGAGUCGUUGGACAUGGUAAGGUUCCUAAGCUUCAGCGCUUGCUCCCACCUACAUGGGACGUUGCGUUCGCUUGGCGUCGUGAAGAACCUGUUCGCCAUGCCGUCGCGAUGCUUCUGUGCAUCCCAGCAUCAAGCAGUUCGCAUCGAUCAGCCCGACAUCCUCACCAUCGUGGCCGAACGGCAAUGGUUGGUCUUGAAGCUCUCGCGGGAGUGCGGCACAUGCACCGCGUGCGACGCCAAUCGGAUGUCCUCCGCCAGUGCCGAAGCCGCGUGUUGGAAAGUCGAAGUUGCACGGCCGGCAUGCUUGGGUAAGGAGAAACUGGUAGGAUGGGGUAUGCCAGACACUUCAGAGAACGAUGCUGCAGAUCAGGCACAUUCACAAAUCCCAUGGUGGAAGUUGGAACAAGAGACAUUGGCCAGGCGAAGCUCCGAGAGAGGCUCCGAAAGGAAAGCUCCAGCCGAACACCGGGACCAAAAAGACCCCUUGCUUGGGGGAGCUGGAGAGGCAUUCGACCGCACUUUGCAAAAGCGCCCUCAGAGUUGGAGAAUGGGCAGACCCGAGAAGCUCGAAAGUCCUGCACGCCCCGAACCACACCUUCUCAUUGCGGAGGACCUCAAGCACGACGAUAUAGGCCGUGGAUUCGGUGAACCCUGGCGUAUCAAGGCAAAAGAGCUCCAGGCAAUUGCUGCUGCGCAUCGUUCCAACGCGAAACGCAGAGAGGCUGAAAGCUUGGGACGUCAGCCAGAAGGAUAUCCUGCUGAGGAAGGGGAGGUUCCAAAACAUCCUUCAGGGGAUCAUUUCCGUGAGCUCCAUCGUCGCGAGGAACUGCGUUUCGAGGAAAUGAAGCAGGAAGAGCUCCGAAGGUUGGAGCGCGAGCGCGAAGAGAACAGAAAACGCAGACAGGAGCAGGAGGAAUGGGAGCAAGCCAUGCGUCGCAAAUUUGCCGAAGAGGCCGAGCAACUGAAAGCAGCUCGGCGAGUGCAGAAGGAGGUCGAGGAGCAGGAGGAAAAGAAAUUCAAGGAGGGUGCUCAGAGGCGCCAGGCGAUGAAGCAAGAGGAGGCGCGUGAACGCGAGGAGGCCAAAAAAAGAAGACAGGAGCAAGAUGAAUGGGAGCAAGCCAUGCGGCGCAAGAUCGCAGUGGAGGCUGAGCAGUUGAACGCUGCUCAAAGAUCGAAGCAACGCACGCAGGACCAGCAUAAUCAGGAUGUCCGGAGAAGCCAGGGUGAAAAAGAAAAGAAGCAAAGUGAGGCUUCACAACAUCAGCGCUUCGGUUCGGAAGCGAAGGCAAGGGUCGGCACGCCACGAUCUGCAGAUCCAUCACCUCCACGCCAUCCCCGCCCAUCGCAAUCACCACAAGGUCACCGCAGUGGCAGGUUAAAAUCUGUGAGCACAAGCACGAGAAAUUUGCAGGCGUCGGGCCUGGCGGAGCUGCAGGCGGCAAAGUCGGCAGCCAUGCGGCAGCUGAUCAUUUUGAGACAGCACCCCUCCAAAGAAGCUCGGCAGAAGGGCUUCAAGGAUCUACUACGAAUGUGGCACCCAGACAAGAACCCCGGAAGUCCAGAGGUCGCCACCGCAGUCUUUCAGAUGAUCCAGGCAGAGCGAGGUCGCGUCUUCAAGUAG